AUGGCCGAUCAUCGCAAAGGUGAUGUAGAAAUGGAUUUCGUCAAUCAGUUAAUUACGAAUGUCUUGGACAUCGUGAAUGGGGCUGGCAGUACAGAGCUAGAACUGAAGAUCACAUUGGACAGAGAGGAUAAUGGUCUACCAAAAGUAAAGUUUGAACUGAUACCAAAGUCACGAUUGAAGAAUCCAAUUGAGCGACUGAAUCGUGCUUAUGUACAGUAUGCAAAGGUAUGUGUUCAGUGUCUAUUGUAA